AUUAAUUUUCUUACUCGUCUUUUUCUUUUACCCCUUUCAAAAAUUCCUUCUAGGGUUUUCGAAAAUGGCAAGUAACUGCAGCCAAGAAGAACCAAGUACUGCUCCUAAGCCUAAUCGAUGGUACAAUAUAAGUUUAGGGUCUUCCUUCAAGGACCAACACCAACCUAAUUCCAAGUUCUGUACUUUACGCUAUGAAUUUAAGCCAGCAUCAAUUGAUAAGAACCAACCAGGAUUAUUACAUAAGUCUAAAGAUUACAGGGUUAAGGUAGAAUUUGAAAACAACCAACAUGGAAAACCCAAGGUGACAUUUGAUGGUGUUUGUGAAGAUUACAAGGAUAAUGAUGCUGUUUUGUUCUUUGAUGGCGAGGCUUUCCGGUUGGAACGGUUACACCGAGCUGUCAAGCGGUUGAGGCAUGUACGUCAACCUGGCGAAUCCAUGGCUGCAGCUACCGGUACCACAGCCAUGGCUCCUUCAGUUGGUCCUGCUGCAGAGUCUUAUUCCCCUCCACUUGGUAAAGGGCCAAAACCCGAGUCUUCAAACAAAAGUCCAGUUCCUCCAUUACUGGAACAUAUUGACACUGGUGACUUCAAUAGCGGAGGUGAGCACGCAUCUUCAAUUCCUAAUAAACCAAAGGUUUCACCAGAUCCAAAAAGUUAUGAAUCAGAAGAACAGGUUGAUAUAGUCAACGAUGAUGAUGACAAUGAUGGGUUGGGAACCGAUAAACAAGAUGACAACGCUUCUGAAAAGAUAUCCACUGGUGUUGGCAUCGAUAUAAACUUACCAGUUGACAUAGAUGAGGAGGUUGAUUUAAGUGAGGAUGAAGAACAUAAAGCAGGACGUAGUGCCGCAGAAGCUCUUAGAGCUCAAGUGAAUGCUGAAGAGAAAGAAGAGCAGAGUUCAAGCUCGAGUAGUAGUAGUGGAAGUGAGAGCAGUGAGAGCGGUAGCGGUAGUGAAAGUAGCGGAAGUGGUAGUGGAAGUGGAAGUGAAAGCAGUGAUGGCAAUUCAGAAGUAUCUAUUUAAGUGGUUGAUGAUCAUGUAUGUAUGUAUGUAUGUAUAUGCUAAUGCUACAAUCAUGACAAUGUAAUGAUGCAACCAUAAUCUGAUAUCUAUUAAGUUUCAAUUCA